CAGUACUAGUUUUACUUUCAACACUUUCGCUUUAAAUAUUCACCCUUCUUCAUGAACCUGCAACUCCGACAUAGUUAAAGCAAAGUAUUUAAUUAAACUCGUCUAAGAGAUCAACGGCCUGUUUCGAGUUUCAGAAGUUUAGCUUUCAAGUGUUUUAACAGCGGCUUUCACAAAACAAACAAACGCACCGAGUCAAAGCCGUUGACAGUCGCUUGUUUGCCUUUCACUUCAGUUGCCAUGGGAGCCGCAAAUGAAAACACACACUGAACUACAUUUUUCGUAAACUAGCGCUUCAGUGACAUUCGCCGUGGGCGCAGGGUGUUUGUUUCCUUCGGUACGUUUCCCUGGUGUUUUGCGUGUCGGAGACUAUUUGGAAUUGCGCAGCAUUAACCAUGCCGCCGCUUUGCAUCCAGCGAGAGCGUUGUAAGACCGAUGGGUUCUGUUGACGCGACGCCAUGAGUUCGAAUGGCCGAACUGCACGUUUUUGGACAGAUACUGGGCGCGUCUGACUUUCCAUGCUCAAGCCUGUUCUGCAAGUGGAGCUUGAAAUUCGGGGACAACUGGACCCUCUUGGAGGGGCUCAAGGAAGGUCAAACUCAAGUGGACAGACACCGGUACGAAGACAACAGGGUCGUCUGGUGCCAUCCUCUCGACGUUCACUUCAGCACGAGAGGCAUCCAGGACUGGCCGAAACUGCUGGUCCAAGUCUGGCACCAGGACGGCUUCGGGCGGAACGAACUCGUUGGUUACGGCUCCUGCCACCUGCCCAGCACGCCGGGUUUCUCCAAGGUAGACUGCCCGACCUGGCGGCCAGUGGGUACCUUGCUAGAAGAAGUGUCGAGACACUUCCUAGGUGGUGGACUCCAUCUCGAGGACCCAGAGGAAGUCUGUGGUAACGUGGGCGACCGAUUCAGACUGCGCACUGAGGCAAUGGGCACUGUUCACUUGGAACUGUACGCCAUUCAUAGAGACUUCCACAAGUACGGCAUUGAGGUCUAAGGGCUCCC